AUUGACUCAAAUGAUCACAAACAUGUGCACUGAUUUAUCACUGCGGAGUAAUUUAGUCUGCGGUAUUUCCAGAGAGGGGAGACUCGAUAAAUGCGCUGCUUUGUUAUAGCAUGCGCCGCCAUACCGGAGGCACUCAAACUUUUUAAAUUCGAAUUUAAAUUUAAACUAAGAGUUAAUUCGCGUACAAGUUCAGUGUGGAAUUGAUAGAAAAAAGAACACGUUCUAUAAAAACACUUAUAAAAAUACAUUGUGUAGCAAACAGUGUGUUCGAAAACAAAGUUUUCAAAGUUCAAUAACAAUGGGAGACUUAAUAGAAAUAGAUGGAUCAGUUCUUGAAGGGGGCGGACAAGUAAUCCGCGUUGCCCUAUCACUAAGCGCCCUGUUUCAAAAGCCAAUUCGCGUUAUAAACAUUCGUGCAGGUCGUGAUAAACCAGGUUUGAUGGAACAACACCUGCGAGGUUUAGAAUUGAUUCAGAAUAUUUGUCAGGGUGAUUCCAAAGGGGCGAAAAAAGGCUCCACAACAAUUGAAUUCUACCCAGGUGCUCUAACUGGAGGAGAAUUCAAAUCAAUUGUACAAACAGCAGGCAGUAUUUCAUUAGUAUUACAAGUUGCACUGCCCUGCUGCAUAUUUGCACCAAAAACAGUUCAUUUACAGCUGCAAGGUGGAACAAAUGCUGAACUGGCUCCACAGAUAGAUUAUGUUACAGAAGUUUUCCGGCCUAAUCUCGAGAAAAUGGGCGCGUCAUUUGAUUUCGACUUAAUAAAACGUGGAUAUUUUCCUAGGGGAGGCGGCAGAGGUCAUUUUGAAAUACAACCACUAAAAGAACUAAAACCAAUUAUCCUAGAGCAGGCAGGUGACAUCAUCGCAAUUUAUGGGUGGAGUUAUGCUGCUGGUAGAUCACAAAUUGCUGAAGCUGAGGAAAUUGCACAAGCAGCCAAAGAAACAUUAAAAUCUUUCAAUAAACCAGUCGAAAUUGAGGUUUAUUAUGAAGAUAAAACCAUUGCACCCAUUGGCGAUUGCGCAGGAAUCAUUUUGGUAGCAGAAACAACUGAAGGCUGCAUCCUGGGUGGAUCAGCUAUAAAGAAACGAAACGAAGUCCCCAGUGAAGCCGGCCAACGUGCUGGUGAAGAUCUAGCAGAAUCUUUACGCAGACGAAUUUGCAUUGACGAUCACAGCCAAGACCAACUAAUAAUAUUCAUGGCUUUAGCCAAAGGCACAUCACGAAUAAAAGUCGGCAAUAUUACACUGCACACCAAGACAGCCAUAUACAUCGUGGAAUUAUUAACGGACGCCCGAUUCAAAAUCGAAGAUUACAGUGAGUACAGCAUCAUAGAAUGCGUCGGCAUUGGCUACCAGCGACAAAAAUAACAUUUCAUUCUUUAUUCAUUUGUUCAUUGUGUUGUAACAGCCCAAUUGUUUAGUCAAAUAAAUACAGAAACGCCAUCUAUAAACAAAGUAACAAAACACAACAAA